CGAAACCACAUAAUCUAUGCUUUGCUCUCUCUCUCUCUCUCCUCUGUCUUCCCACACUCUCACACGUCCACAGAGAGUCAGACGGCCUCAUUACACAGCUUUACUCUUUACUUUCUCUCUCUAAACUGUCUGAAUCCGCCGCAUUCUCUUUCCUCCCCUCCCCGGAAGCCAUGGGUUUCCAUCUCCGUGACUUCUUCUUCCUCCUCCUCCUCCUCUUCUUCGCCGCCGCCACCACCACAUCCCUCGCAUUGCCACCCUCUUCCUCCUCCUCCACCUCCGGCGGCGGCCAGAUCAACUCCAACUCCGUCCUGGUGGCUCUCCUGGACUCGCAUUACACCGAACUCGCCGAGCUCCUCGAGAAGGCUCUUCUCCUCCAGACCCUCGAGGACCUCGUCGGGUCCCACAACCUCACCAUUUUCGCCCCCCGCAACGAAGCUCUCGACCGCGCCCUCGACCCCGACUUCAAGCGCUUCCUCCUCGAGCCCCGCAACCUCGUCUCUCUCCAAAACAUCAUCCUUUUCCACGUGAUCCCGAACAAGAUCGGAUCCCAACAAUGGAAGCUUCAAUCCGGGUCGACCCGCCUCAAAACCCUCUCUAACGACGAAAUCCGCCUCGAGAGGGGGGAUUCCGGCGAUUGGACGGUUGAUUCUGCUCGGGUUACCCAUCCGGAUUCUGUUACCCGACCCGACGGAGUCAUCCAUGGAAUCGAGAGGAUGUUGGUUCCGAGAUCGGUUGUGGAUGAUUUCAAUAAGCGCCGGAGUCUUCAGUCGAUCACGGCUGUGAAGCCGGAGGGUGCGCCGGAGGUGGACCUGAGGAGGGCGAAAAAGAAAGGGGUGGAUUUGGUAUCGAAAGCAAAGCCGGGUUCUCCUCCGGCUGUUUCGAUUUACGAGGCGUUGGCGCCGGGGCCAUCUCUGGCUCCUGCGCCGGCCCCCGGACCGGGCGGGCCCCACCACCAUUUUGAUGGGGAGAGGCAGGUGAAGGACUUCAUCCAGACGCUGCUGCAGUACGGAGGGUACAACGAGAUGGCGGACAUUCUGGUGAAUUUGACGUCGCUGGCGUCGGAGAUGGGGCGGCUCGUGUCGGAGGGAUACGUGCUGACGGUGCUGGCGCCGAACGACGAGGCUAUGGCGAAGCUCACGACGGACCAGCUCAGCGAGCCGGGGGCGCCGGAGCAGAUAAUGUACUACCACCUCAUACCGGAGUACCAGACGGAGGAGAGCAUGUACAAUGCUGUUCGCCGGUUCGGGAAAAUCGGCUACGACACGCUCCGGUUGCCGCACAAGGUGGUGGCGCAGGAGGCCGAUGGCUCGGUCCGGUUCGGCCAUGGGGAGGACUCCUCGGCCUAUUUGUUCGACCCGGAUAUUUACACCGAUGGCCGCAUUUCGGUCCAGGGGAUCGACGGGGUCCUGUUCCCACCGGAGGAGGUCAAGGCCGUUACCAAAAAGGUUCAACCCGCCAAAGUUGCAGCCGUGCCCAAGAGAGGAAACUUGCUAGAGGUAGCAUGUUGGAUGCUCGGAGCCUUCGGACAGGAUAGGCGAUUCUCCACUUGCCAUUGAAAAAUGCUCUUAAAAUCCUCUGGCUGACUGGUUCAUGAAAACAGGCUAAGAGUCCUGGAAAUGGCAAAGGAUGUAAAAAGACAUGAAAAGGAAAGGGAGCUUACUUGAAUGGAGAGUAGCAAUGACCUUGGUUGUCAUUUUCUUUUUUUUUUUUUUCGUUUUACUUUUUCAAUGUAUUUUUUAUUCUUAUUUUUCUUUCUUCUUUGGCUCUGAGUCCUGGAAAUAGAGAAGUAGAGUUACUCUAGUUCCAAAUAUAUUGUUAAGUACAUAAAUAUAUGGUAGCAGUAUUAUUCCUAUCAAGUUUUUAGGUGGUUUGUGGUGGUGGGAUUUUUAAGCUGUGUGUAAUCCAAAGAUGGAUGGGGCAAAGUUGUCAUGCAAGUUUUCUUCUGUGCCCACUUUGAAAUAAAAGUUUCAGUGAGUGAAACUGUGAAAGUGCAAUAAAAAAAUAUUCUUUUCUGUCAUUAUGUGUCCAAGCAAGAAUAUUUCUUUU